GGAAGUGGGCUGGGCUGCUCGGGGCCGGGCUUCCUGUAGAAGGCGGCAAGUUUGAAAAGUGACAACGGUCGCUGAUUGUUGAUUUUUUUAUUUCUUCUCCAGUUACUCCUGGAACUCGCCGCCCUCCAGUGGGCGGCUGGAGUGAUAGAUUAGCAGGAGACUCCAAGAUGGAAACCCUGUCUUUCCCCAGAUAUAAUGUAGCUGAGAUUGUGGUUCAUAUUCGCAACAAAAUCUUAACAGGAGCCGAUGGUAAAAACCUCUCCAAGAAUGAUCUUUAUCCAAAUCCAAAGCCUGAAGUCUUGCACAUGAUCUACAUGAGAGCCUUACAAAUGGUCUAUGGAAUUCGACUGGAACACUUUUACAUGCUUCCAGUGAACUCUGAAGUCAUGUAUCCACACAUUAUGGAAGGCUUCUUACCAGUCAGCAAUCUAUUUAUUCAUCUGGACUCGUUCAUGCCUGUAUGUCGGGUGAAUGACUUUGAGAUUGCUGAUAUUCUAUAUCCAAAAGCCAAACGGACAAGUCGGUUUUUAAGUGGUAUUAUCAACUUUAUUCACUUCAGAGAAGCAUGCCGUGAGACAUAUAUGGAGUUUCUUUGGCAAUAUAAAUCUUCUGUGGACAAAAUGCAGCAGUUAAAUACCGCACAUCAGGAGGCAUUAAUGAAGUUGGAAAGACUUGAUUCUGUUCCAGUUGAAGAGCAAGCAGAGUUCAAGCAGCUUUCGGAUGAUAUUCAGGAGCUGCAACAAUCACUGAAUCAAGAGUUUCGUCAAAAAACGAUAGUGCUGCAAGAGGGAAAUUCCCAAAAGAAGUCAGAUAUUUCAGAGAAAACCAAGCGUUUGAAUGAACUAAAAUUGUCAGUGGUUUCUUUGAAAGAAGUACAAGAGAAUUUGAAAACAAAAAUUGUAGAUUCUCCAGAGAAGGUAAAGAAUUAUAAAGAAAAAAUGAAAGAUACAGUUCAGAAGCUUAAAAAUUCCAGGCAAGAAGUGAUGGAAAAGUAUGAGAUCUAUCGAGACUCUGUGGACGGCUUGCCUUCAUGUCAACUGGAGGUGCAGUUAUAUCAAAAGAAAAUACAGGAACUCUCAGAUAAUAGGGACAAAUUAACCAGUAUCUCAAAGGAGAGCCUGAACUUGGAGGACCAAAUUGAGAGUGAUGAAUCAGAAUUGAAGAAAUUGAAGACUGAAGAAAGCUCAUUCAAAAGACUGUUGAUUGUGAAGAAAGAGAAACUGGCCACAACACAAUUCAAAAUAAAUAAGAAGCAUGAGGAUGUCAAGCAGUACAAACGCACAGUCAUUGAAGACUGCAAUAAAGUUCAAGAGAAAAGAGGUGCUGUCUAUGAACGAGUAACCACAAUUAAUCAAGAAAUCCAAAAAAUUAAAUCUGGUAUUCAACAACUAAAAGAUGCCGCUGAAAGGGAGAAACUGAAGUCGCAGGAAAUAUUUCUAAACUUGAAGGCUGCUCUGGAGAAGUACCAUGAAGGCAUUGAAAAGGCAGUGGAAGAUGGUUGUGCUAAAAUAGAUGAGAAAACAGCGGAACUGAAAAAGAAGAUGUUCAGAAUGUGAACCUGAUUAACAACAUUCUGUCUUUUUGUAAAUACUUUGCCAUCUUUUAAUUUUAUAUUUGGGAAGGGAUUAGUUAGGCUGAAAUUCCUGGAAGUGUUAGAAAUGCCAAAUAUUGAUUCAUUUAACUUUUAUUUAUCUCAGGUUAUUAUUUUGCAAGAUAAUGCAUUUAAUGUAGACUUAUUAACUUAUAAUUAAAAUAACAUGUGCUACUAUUCAUGUCUCUACUCUGCCCCUUGUUGUAAGUACUGGGUGGAGUAAAACAAAAAUAGCUGCAUUUGAAAUGUGUGAUUUUUCUGUAACUUUCAUGGCUGCUGUUGGUUGGUUGGUUGGCACACAGAGCUGGACAUUACUGAACCCUAACUGAGCACUGAGUAUUGUGCCUGGGGCUCCUUUGCACCUCAUUCAAGCUCUGCUAGGUAGAUAUUGUUAUUACUACUUCAUAGAUGAAACUAGUCCUUGAAGGUCGUGUAAGGUUAAAUAGCUGAGCCAGGGCCUCCCCGGUGGUGCAGCGGUUGAGCGCUGGGUU